UCGGCUCCCUGUCCUCAGUCCAGUUCAGACCCAUCACCUCCUCCCCUUCCUCUCUUCGUCUUCCCCACCUCCCUUCCAGAGGAACUCACUCCAUCUCAUCAUCACAUCCCAGCCACAUAGCACACACACAGCAACGUCAAGAGGAAAAACGAAAUCUUUUUAAGUAGUAGAUGGCGUCUUCUUCUCCGUCGUGCCGGGGCGGCGGCAAAGACGUGGACCGGAUCAAGGGCCCCUGGAGCCCCGAGGAGGACGAGGCCCUGCAGCGCCUCGUGGCACGCCACGGCGCGCGCAACUGGUCCCUCAUCAGCCGCUCCAUCCCGGGGCGCUCCGGCAAGUCGUGCCGCCUCCGGUGGUGCAACCAGCUCUCGCCGCAGGUCGAGCACCGCCCCUUCACGCCCGAGGAGGACGAGACCAUCCUCCGCGCCCACGCACGCUUCGGCAACAAGUGGGCCACGAUUGCGAGGCUCCUCUCGGGGCGCACCGACAACGCCAUCAAGAACCACUGGAACUCCACGCUCAAGCGCAAGUACUACGCCUCCUCGGUUUCCGGUGCCGGCGCUGCUGAUCCUGCCGCCGCCGUGGAUGACGACGACCUGGCGCAGCAGCGGCCGCUCAAGCGGACCAGCAGCGACGGCCACCCGGGGCUCUGCUUCAGCCCCGGCAGCCCAUCCGGCUCCGAUCUCAGCGACUCCAGCCACCACAGCCUCCCCUCCGUCAUGCCCUCAUCCGCUGCCGCUGCCGUCACCUCCCAGCAGCAGCACGUGUACCGCCCCGUGCCGCGCGCCGGCGGGGUGGUCGUGCUCCCGCCGCCCAUGGCCCCGCGGCCGUCGUCUCCGCCGCCGCAACAGGCUCCUCCUACCGCUCCGGCGACCUCCCUGUCGCUGUCCCUCUCCCUGCCCGGCCUGGAUCAGCCCGAUCCAAGGCCUGUACAGCAGCAGCCAGCUCCUUCUCAGAUGCCACCGACACGAACCUUGCCGUUCCAGCUGCAGCCUCCGGCCAUGAACCUCGCUUCGUCCCGUUCGCCACAGCCACAGCCGGCGCCGUUCAGCUCGGAAUUCCUGUCGAUGAUGCAGGAGAUGAUCCGGAUCGAGGUCCGGAACUACAUGUCCGGGUCGGGUUUCGACCCGCGCUCCGGGCCGGCCGACGGCGCCGUGCACCACGCCGCCACGAAGCGGAUGAUGGGCAUGGCCAAGAUCGAGUAGCAAGCAUCAUCGUCGACAAGCAGAUAUUGAAGAACGGAAAGAUGGAGCAGGCAGCCUUGAAACAGAGGCGGCGGCAAGUGACGAGAAGAAGAGGUCGAUCGAUGGGCUUCCAUGAUUCCAUCCCCUUGUUAAUCAAGAUCCCCUAAUUCCUUUGUUUAGUUUCCUUGGACAAUCUAGCCAUUUCUUUGGUCGAUACUGUAUUUUUUUUCCCCUUGUCCGUAGCUAAGCUCUCCAACAGAACAGAUCGAGAAGAAGAAAACUUUCUGAGUCUGUGUGUCUGCGUGGAGGUAGAGGCGGAGCGAGGAUCCUUGUUGCUGCCAGAGGCAUCCGUCGUCGAAAUUGUUAUCAAGUUCUUUUUUUUUUUUCUGUACAGAGAGGCAGAGAGAGGGGGGAAAAGGAUGGAAAAAGAUGAAUACGAAUCAAUGAGAAGAGGCCUCACGCUUGAUGGAUCA